AUGGAUUUUUCAGAAAUUGGUGUCAAAUCUAGGAAAACUGGAUUAAAGGCAAAAGAAAAUGUUAAAAGAGAUCAACAUAAUAUGGAAGAUGUUGAUGAUUUCUUUCAAGAUGAUCAAACCAUUAGAAAUCAACAACAACAACAACAACAUCAUAAUCAACAAAAUCAGCCCAAUAAUAUAAAUACAAAUGGUAGAAUAAUAUUCCCUCCUUCACAAAAUUCAAAUUCAAAUUCAAAUCAAACAAAUAUUAGAAAUUCUCCAUUAAAAUCUCCCUUACAAACAACUAAAUCAAAUAAUCAUCAAAAUUCAACUUCUGAUAUAUUCAAUAAUAGAUCUAAUAAUAAUAAUAAUAACAAUAGUGAUGACAGUGAUCAAUUUGAUGAUGCAAUUGAAAAUCCUCAAGAUUAUAGUAAUAAUGAUCAAGAUGAUGAUGAUAUGGAAAUUGAUGAUGAAUCAAGAGGUGAUAUUAAAAUGAUUGAUAAUGAAAGCUUUAAUAAUCAAAAUUUUGAUAUAUCUUUUGGUAAUGAUGCCAAUAAUGAUAUUGAUGAAUAUAAUAAAGUUUAUCCUCAACAACAACAGCAGCAACAACAACAACAACAACCAGGUACACCGAAACAAUCAUUAUUUGUAUCAUCUGAAAGUUCAAGUCCUGAUGUAAAUUCAAAAUCUUAUUCUCAAAGACAACAAGAAUUAGAAAAAAAUUUAACUAUACGAUCUUCAGCAAGAAAAUCAAUUGGUAAUAAAUCAUCAGGAAAUUCAAUUAUACAUAAAUCUCCAAUAAAUUCAAAACCAAAUUCAAAAUCAAUUUCUUCAAUUUCAAAAAAAAUUGCAUUAAAUAAAAAACCAUCAAAAUCAUCAAAACUUAAAACUCCACCAAGAUCAACUCAUUAUUCCACUGAAGAAGAAGAAGAAGAAAUUGAUAAUGAUAGAGUAAUAAGUGAUUCUGAUGAAGAUCAAAUUCAAUCAAAUAAGAAUACAAAUCAAUAUGAUUCUGAUGAUAGUGAAGAACAAAUUCAACCUCCAAAAAGAAGAGGUAGACCUCCUACAAAACAACAACAAGCAUCAUCACCAAAAAGAUCAAGACAACAACCAUCAAUUAAUAAAAAUGAUCGAGUAAAUAAAUUUCAAAGAAAUAAUGUUCCAAAUUCACCAAAUUCAAGAGAACAUAUUAUAGAUAUAAAUAGUUUAAGAAAAGAACAAGAAUCAAGAUCUCAAUCAAGAAAUAAAGAAUUAAAAGAACAACCAACAAGAAGAUCUUCAAGAGUUAGAAUCCCACCAUUAGCAUUUUGGAGAAAUGAAAAGGCAAUUUAUGAAAAAUCUAAAGGUGAUUAUGUACCAACUUUGAAAAAAAUUAUAACAAUUGAUGAAAAAGUUGAUCCAUUACCCUCAAGAUCUUCAUCAAAAGUUUCAUCAAGACAUACAUCAAGACAACCAUCCAGGGCAAGUUCUAAGAAUAGAGUUAAUGGAAGAAGUAAUCCAACAACACCUGGUGGUGGUAGAUAUAAAAAACAAACAUAUCAACCACCAAUUUUUGAAGAUGAUGAAGAACAAGAGGAAGAUGAAGAAGAAGAAAAUGAUAUAUCAAAAUUACCAGGUACAGAAUGGUUUAGAAAAGGUUAUUUAAAUAUUGAAGCAUUUGAAGGACAUGGAUCAGAUUUAAAAAAUGAUCGAUUAAUUGCAUGGGGUCCAGGUACUGAAACUUAUACAUCAGAAGUUAAAUCAUCAACUGAUAAUUUUAAAUUAGCUAUAUUAUUUGAUAAAAAUAGAGAUUUUAUUGCAACGGGGAUGAUGUUAAUACCACCAGGUGGUAUAAAAUCAUUAAAGGGAACAGAUACAACUUAUUUUGUAUUUUAUUGUAUCUCAGGAGUUAUUGAAGUUACUUUAUCAGGAAAUGUAUUCAUUAUUAAAAAAGGUUGUUCACUUGAAAUUCCAAUGGGAAAUUUUUAUCAAUUUGUUAAUAAAGGUAAAAAUGAUGCUUCUUUGUUUUUUGUUCAAACAAGAGGUCAAUCUGAUGAUGAUUGGGAUGAAGAUGAUGAAGAAGAAUAA